AUGGCCAAAUUGGGUCUAGCACUGGGUAAUCUUGAGAACUUGCCGAUCAGCCGUGGUGAGAUGGGGUCAUGCUGUGAUGCGGCUGGGCGAGCUGGCGGCGUGUCCCUGAAGCACGCCUGGUAUGCAAACAAAGACGAUACCGGAGGAACGCCUCAUCACCACCUCCCUACCACAGAGCUGCGACCGCUAAUGCUCCUCAGAUGUUCGUCAGCUGAUGAAGUCCUCCGUGUGGCGGCGGCUUUCACUGAGGCCACAGCUGCAUACGGGGACGCUGUGGUAUGA